AUGUCUACUUCUACUCUAUCUUUCGAAACAGUUAAUAAUUGGACUGUAGAGAAUGUUAAAAAUUAUUUAGAAAACAAUAAAGAUCUUUUUUCUCUUAAUGAUGUUGAAAUUAGUAAAAUUGAGAAAGAAGGAUAUAAUGGUAGAGCGUUUCUUCUGGUAACUAAAGAGGAUCUUUUGCAAAUGAAAUUAAGAAGAGCUCCAGCCACAAACAUUGCGGAGUUCGUCACCCAGUUAAAUAGUCAAAAACUUCUGGAUUCAGAUAUAUAUGCAUCAAGUAUUCUGCCAGUCAUCGAUUAUCCUCCUGAUGCUAGUACUACGUUACAUUCAGCAAAUAGUGGUGGUCUCUGGCCAUCAAGAAUAACUCGUUGGAAUGAAUUUUUUUAUGAAGCAACUAGGUUCGACUUAAAUCAAAGCAACAUAUGUCAAAUGCUAAAGUUAGAAAAACCACAAUUCAUUAAUGGUUUGAGUGCUCGUGUUGAAAAGAGCAUUGAAACAGCUCUUGAAGUUAAUAUUUUUCGUAUAUUGAACCAGUUCUUACUUCCAAAAUUUGAGUUUUUGAAACAAAAGGAUUCAUAUUUUAAUCACGAUGAUCCAAACAUCGGCACUGGGCUACCAGAUUUUACUUGUCGAAAAUAUAAAGAUUCUGAUGAUUCUGAAGGAAGAAGGAUCAUUGAAAUCAAAGUCAAAAGAGAUAUUGUUGUAAAACAGUUAUAUGAGACCAAUUUAGAUGAAUUAUUCAGUUAUGAAGGUUCUGGUGAUAGUUCAGGUUUAGGCAUCAGUGGUCAAAAUUACACAGCAGAAACACAAGAACGGACUUAUGGUUAUAAAGAGAUUAAGAUUGAGGGUAUUUUAGAAAGUGGACAAACUGGAAGGACAUUUAAAGCUAUUAUUUGUGGAGAGCCAGUUGCUAUGAAGGCUAUAGAUCUAUUUAAGGAAGCUGAUCUUCUGCGUAAAGUUAAAAAAGAAAUUAACAUCUACCAAAUUCUUAUGGAAAUUCAAGGGAAGAUAGAUCGUAAUCAAAGGAAUAGGGCUCUCGAAGCAUUAAGGGCGAUUCAUAGUUAUGGCAUUCUUCACAAUGAUAUUCGACAAGAAAAUAUCUUAGUUAACGAAAAAGGUAAAAUUUAUAUAAUUGAUUUUGGAAUAUCAAUUAUAACUAAUGAUAGGAGGCAGUUCUAUGAUAAGGAAUCUGAAUUAUCAAAUUUAUUAGAUCGCUAUAUGUUUUAA